AUGGGCGCAGCAUCCGUGGCCCUUGAUCCCCCCCCCACCCUGGAGCGGAGGUACAACUGGUACAACCUGUCGGAGCACUCGAAGGUCGCCUCGAAGGUCACGUUCGGGACCCUCGCGAAGCUUGCCGAGUCCUGCGUCUUCCUCUAUCCAGGUGUGGUGGCUGCGCUCUCCAUCAGCCGCUUCCACUGGCAUGCGGGCCUCGUGUUCUGGUCGGUGGUGAUCAUCAUAAUCGCGCGGGCGGCGCACAUAUUCCCGAUCACGAUGCUGCUGAAUCCGUUCCGCACGCGCAAGAUCAACACAAACAUGAAGGCACGCGCCCGCAGAAGGCAACUGGAGGGGAAGGUGCAGCCGCUCUUCGACCUUUCUGGCAACGACUGCCUGCCCUCUCCUGCACGCCUGCUGCCCAAGUCCAGGCUGCGUGGCGCGACGCGGCUACGGCAGCACCACGGCACGCACGCGACGCAGAGCUGCUCCGCGGAGAGGCUCCGCGAGACAACCACGAGGGCGAAACGGACCCACGGUACCGCCCACGAGCAGACUUGCCAGAAGGCCUUGUCGUUGCUGAGCGAGAUGCGGGAGGAGUCGGCGCGCGCGGGGGAGUGCGGCAUGCUAUGCGGGUGCUGCCGUUGCUCCGUGAGCGGCGGGACAGCCGAGGAGAGCGAGGCCGCUGAUAGCGCCGGCAUUGCCACAGCUGGAGACGAUGCCGACGUGAGGGCCCAGCUGGGCGGCGUCGCGGCGGGGCUGGCGGAGCAACUCUCCUCGAUCACCGAGGAGAUGAACAAGAUCCGUGCGGAGCUGUAUGGCGACCAAGGCAUCGGCGGCAUCGCCCAGGAGCUCGAGAGGCUCCAGGAGGCGGGCCUCGGCGCCGGCGCCGGCGCCCUGCUGGGUGGGGUGGGCAACGACGCCAACAAGGACCAGGAAGCGAUCAGGUCUGCAUCCAGCCAGACAGACGUCUCUGAUCUGGCUUGCCACGCCAAUCCCCUCGCUGCGUACAGGAAGCAAGACGUUCACAGUAGGAAGGUUGACCCCGAAGAUCCUCGAAAGCUCGCGUUCCGCGAGUCCAGCCCAAGAUGCAUGAGCUUCAAGAAAUAG